AUUUGAUUAAAAUAAAAUAAUAAUAAUUAUUAUUUCAAAAUAAUUAUUAGUUAUUAAAAAAUGUCGAGAUAUCUUGAAAAUUGUUUACCUUUUGAGCAAGCCGGCGAUGAAGAGAUGAUGGAUACCAGUAUGAUUAGUGACUAUGAUAACGACUUUUACACAGGCAUGAAGAGAAAACGAAGGUUGGAACUGUCGUCAGAUAAUGGCGACAUGGAUUGUGAUGGUGAAGCCAGUUGUAACACACCAAAGAGAAACACGUUUGGAAAUAACUUUGAAGAGAUGAACAGUCCAAGCGCUGGGCAAUUCCUGGUUAAAACAUUUCAAUCUCCGAUGGUUGCUGAUUGCUCGAGUGCAAAGAGAAAAAGGAUGGUGGGAUUUGAAAAUAUUCUCCCAUCUCCACCAACGUCACCUGUGACAUCUUUCUGUAGAGGUUUCAAAAUUGGAAGGAGGAUUCCUGAUAAAUCCCAAAAUGUCCGGACUGAUCCCAAAUUAGAAGAGAAACAACCGACCAAAAAAUAUUUGCCCUUUCAAAAAAAUUUGAGCUUAGACGAGCUGAAUCUUAGAAGAAAAAACUUGAAAAGUGAAGAUGGAGUUGUGAAUAAGUUUAAGAAAUAUCGUUCUCAGGUGGAUUCUAUUAAAAAAUAUUUAGACGAAGAGGAUGAGAAUGCAAACCUGAUUGCCGAUUUCAGCGCUUCCUACAUACUGCCGGUCCUUCAAGAUGGAAAGCAUAGCGACCUCAAAGCCAUCAGCCACCAAACACUUACAGAUGUUUUACUAGGAAAGUACGAUAAUGUCCUUGAUAGCUGCACCAUAAUUGACUGCAGAUAUCCGUACGAAUAUGAAGGCGGACACAUCAUGGGAGCCAGGAAUUUCUACACGAAAGAUUCCAUCUUGAGUGAAUUUAUUCUGAGCAAUGCUGGUUUGUGCACCGGUAAUCAGAAAAAAAAUAUCCUUGUAUUUCACUGCGAAUUUUCAUCUGAAAGAGGGCCAAAGAUGUGCAGGUUUUUGAGAAACAAAGACAGAGAAAUAAACGAAAAUAACUAUCCUCAUCUAUUCUACCCGGAGAUAUAUCUUCUUGAGAAUGGUUACAAAGAAUUUUUCCAUAACCACAUCGAUCUGUGCUACCCAGCUUCAUACAAACCCAUGUUGCAUGAAGAUAAUUCUAAAGAUUUGGCAAAAUUUAAGAGUCAAACAAAGCCGCGGAUUGAAAAAAUUGAAAGAAGGUCCGACAAUAAACCUGCCGCCAGAACAAGUUUGAUGGCAAGAGGCAUUGUUGGAAGAAAAUGGGAAACAAUUGAUGAAGAUGUCAUUUGCCAACCGCUGAACUAAUUUUUUUAGAGUUAUUUUUUUAUUUCAAUUGAUUUUUUUGUUUCUUACUUUUUUUAUUUGUUGGUCUUUUUUAAAAUAAAAUAAAUCAAAAAAUGUU